AUGAAUGUGUUAUCAUUAAAUGUUCAAGGGGCGGGGAGGGAGGAUAAGGCAGGGUGGAUAAGGAAAUUAGUAAGGGAUAAUAAAGUUAGCUGUCUAUGUAUACAAGAAACACAUGUAGCGGGUUUAAAUGAGGAUACAAUCAGAAAGUUCUGUCCUUUUGACGAAAUGAAUAUGGUAACAGUAGAUGCACAGGGGAGAUCAGGGGGAUUAGUAGUGAUUUGGGACCCUCAGGUUUUUGAAAUGACAGAAAACAUAAAGAGCGAGCAUUUUGUGAUGUUAUCUAGGUAUAUAGAAGGGGUGGAGGAGAAGUUGAAUGUGUUCAAUAUAUAUGCACCAAAUGAUAUGCAGAAAAAGAGAACAGUUUGGAGGGAUUUGUAUUAUCUUAAACACCAACUAGAAGGUCUCGUUUUAAUGGCCGGUGACUUCAACGAAGUUAGAAUUGAGGAAGAUAGAUUGCACUCGAAGUUUGAUGCAAAUAGCGCAAUGAUUUUCAAUAUGUUUAUAGCGGAAGCUGGAUUACUGGAAUAUCAAAUGACUGGUUCAAGGUUCACUUUUAUGACGGAGAUUGGUUCAAGUAUGAGUAAGAUAGACCGUGUACUGGUGUGUGAUGCGUUUAUGAACAAAUGA